AUGCAUUCAUUUGUGGGUGUUGAAUUCCAGGAUGGAAGUGUUGCCCUUGUGCAUGAGUACUAUUAUGAGGCGCUAAAGCGAGGCGAGCAACCGUCGUGCGAGGAUAAUAGGGAGAUACAUUCCGUGCUGAGGAUAUUUUUUGAAACAGAUGACUAUGAAAAGGCACGCAAGAAGUUAAAACUUGCGGAAAUCCAAUUGGACGCCCAGACAGAUGAUGCUAGUAAAGAGGUUAGAAGAACUAUAAGUAUGUCAAGUUUAAAAAAAAUUCCCUACAAACACAGGUAUCCUGUAGGAUCACGCCAAACUACUAGACGGGUUGCUGAAACAGUAAAAAAUAUAACUGAGGAGAUAAAUAUCCAAAUUAAAAAAAAUAACCCUGAAUAUUUAAAUGUUGAGUCAUCACCUCCAAUUAGUUCUGACAGUUCUUCGGAAGAGAAUGAUAGUUAUACCGAAUCCUCUUUCCCUGUGUUAACUGCACCAGUUAAUGAAGAUUUAAAUUUCUCGGGAACUAAUUUCGAUCACGAUUCAUUUUCUGAACCUCUGGAUGUUUUCGCGAAUGCAAAUCAUACUAAAAAGGCAGAACCGGUAAACUUGUCGGGGCAAUUAAGACAGUGGGUUGUAAGAAAGAAUGUAUCUCCUGGGGCUGUUACUGAAUUAUUACACAUUUUAUCUCGUCUUCAUCCAGAAUUGCCUUUAGAUUGCAGAACUCUGCUUCAAACACCAUCUAAAAUGACAAUAAGUCGCUUGAUAACAGUGAAUAUUGUCAUUUUGGAUUAG